UACGACAUCUUUUCUACGGUCACUCCUGCUUAUAUCUGCUCAACUUUUCACUUCUAUUGACGUAUCCGCAUUGUUCUCCUACUCAGUAAUUUUUUUUCUUGUAGUAUGUGUUCAACGGGUGCUUCAUGCAUUUUCUUUCUCCAAUGCAGCACGAUUGUACAAGUGGUCCUAUACUUUACUGUUGCCUCCAAGUUCUAAUUUGCGAGACUGACAACGGUGUUCAUUAGAGCUACGGCGUUCAUUGCCAGGACCAGCACUGUCUCCGCUCUGAUAUAACAGCUCCAUGAAUGCUGCACUUGAAUACCCCGCCGGGCUUGCAUCCGAGAAGUGUCAAUGCUUACGUUCCGUUUCUUGCUGUCGAUAGGCGCUUGAGGCAUUUAGUCUUUUAUCUUCCUCGGUAUAUUUCUCCAUAGAUCAUUUAUCUUCGUCUGGGAGAGGGUUGUCCCAAGAUUCCGGUUUCUUUCCCGUCAUUGAAUACCGAUAUUAGCUGUUACAGUGCAGGACGUUAGAAAUUCCAGCCGACCCAAUAUUUUUACCCUGGCUUGAAGUACACUUCGAUUCCUGAGCACUUAACUCGCGUCUUCAUAUCGAUACAGCAGAAUACCGUCGGCCGUGUCACAGUUCAUUCCUAGAAUACGGAUUGGCUUGAUAAAGUAAGAACGGCACCUUGAAGCGCUUUUACAUUCUCAUUUUUUAACUGUCUGAUGUCCCUUUCCAAAGAUUCAUUGCUUGGAAAGAUUUUUGCUUCCAUGUACACGACUUUAGCCUGGUUUUUUAUGAUUUCCAAGCGUAACUUCAUCAACGCAAACUUAUUUACGUUUGCUGUCAUUACAAAAAUUUCUUCGAAAAUUCAUUAACACUGUUGGUACAUCUGCAUUCAGAUUUCCUCCUGUCUGAAGAUAAUCAUUCGGAACAUUCCUGAUAUUAACCACGAGGCCUCAAAUACUACGCUUAUUUUCUUGCUAGUUGGUCUUUUCGAAUUGCUUGAUGGCGCGAUAUGGUAGUUAUUGUUCAGAUUCUUCCGAGCACGCUCGUUCUUCCAUUCCAAGCGUGAAAGAUCUCGCAUUGAACAGUCAGUCAUCUCGGUACUGAAUUUCUCUGGUGUCUUCGAGAUUGUCUUCUGAUUGCUACUUCGUUGAGUUCCACGUUAACUUGCUCUUUCCAUCCUUCUGAGCAGUGAUUGUGACUACAUAGUCCACUUCAUGCAUCGUUUCUUUCUGAGGAGCUAAUCUAGUAUAUUCCGCCAUCAAAAAGUUCAAAAUGGAAGUCGUCAGUUUCUGCGGCGUCAAGAACCAUGGCAAGUUUCGCGUUUCGCAGUUCUCUUCUACACCACAUGAGUCAGGCAGAAUCCAGUCGGGAAUUUUCUAUUUUCCAUUGUAUCUUCGUUUCAUCUUUCCACUGGACUUGUCUCCUCGCCUGGCACUACUACUGGUUCUGCAUUCCUGUUUUCAACUGCGGUCCUCAAGCGUACCCAGCGUGCCCCUGCACUACUGUAUGGUCUGCGCUCCAAAAAAUUACUUCGGCCACGAGCAUCACCUGUUCCAGGAGCGACUGCUGUUGCUUCUGCAUUCCCUCGCCUGUGGCGGCCUGCUGCUAAACUGGACUUGUUUCCUCGCCCUGCACUACAACUGGUGUCUUUUACACAGGACUCGUAUUACGGCUGUUUCCUUCCUCCACUGUUUUACAAAUACGCACUGUGUCGUUACAGGUUCUGCAUUCCUGUUUUCAACUGCGGUCAUCAACCGUACCCAGCGUGCUCUGCACUACUCUGUGGUCUGCGCUCCAAAGAAUUACUUCGGCCACGAGCAUCACCUGUUCCAGGAGCGACUGCUGUUGCUUCUGCAUUCCCUCGCCAGUGGCGUCCUGCUGGUAGACUGGACUUGUCUCCUCGCCCUGCACUACUCCUGGUUCUGCAUUCCUGUUUUCAACUGCGGUCCUCAAGCGUACCCAGCGUGCCCCUGCACUGCUCUAGUCUGCGCUCCAAAAGAUUACUUCAGGCUAGAGCAUCACCUGUUCCAGGAGCGACUGCUGUUGCUUCGCCAUUCCCUCGUGAGUGGCGUCCUGCUGGUAGACUCGACUUGUCUCCUCGCCCAGCACUACUACGGGUAAUUGUCGUUUACGCGGGACUCGUAUUACGGCUGUGCCCUCUACUGUUUACCAAGUACGCACUGUGUCACAGGUUCUGCAUUCCUGUUUUCACAAGCAUAUCCAGCGGGUGGUUCUGCCCAUCUAGUCUCCGGCCGUGUUACGCCUGCGUUUUUCUCGCUACUGGCUUUCAGCUGGGAGACGCAGAUUCGUUAUCCGCCCACACGAGGAAACAACCGUAGUACCAGUGGAGCGUAUAGAUGGUACUUGUCAGAAGUAGUGCAGGGAGUUUAAGCCCUGUGGCAUUUAAGCUACCGAGCGUCUGCUUUUGAAUGAAGCCGUGCUUUCCCCUGACGACUAUGGUUAGUGUUCUCUCAGUGCUCCUUUUCUAAAUCCUGUUGCUACACCUUGCCGGUCCCACAAGUACAAAAACUUUAUGGGCUUCCGAUGGUAUUUGCUGUCGAAUGUAUUUACUGUACAGACCUUCGAGUUUAGGUUUAUGCUUCGGAAAGCUUCGCCACAGAGUUUCCAAAAGACUUUUGUGUGUCGCUCUCCCAGUAAGACGACGUUUAAUUACUUCCGUUCCUGGUUAUAUUUCUUUGCUGAUUUCAUUUCCUCCCUAGUAUUUUAUUUCGUCUACUCGGAGUGCCACAUUUUUCACAAUGCUUUGGUAACUCUACGUAGUCUUCACUUUUGUCGAAGGUUGCCG